UUCUAUUGAAAUUGACCAAUCAUAUUUAUGGUUGGCAAGAUUAACCAAUCACGGUUGACAUUUAUUCGACAGAUAAAGUUAACCGGAAGUGAAGAAAUUGGGCGUAAGCUGUUUUUCUAUACUGAAUAUAUACUGCAUCAUGAAGAAUGCAUUGCAUUAUAAAGUUAACGUGUAAUCGGUUAUGAUUGGCUACUGCGAGGAGUGAAUGCAGCUCGUAUCAUCCACGUGUUCCGCAACGUGCGAUCCGUGCCGUAUGUGAUAGUUAAUUCCACUGUCCGCAUUAAAUAUUAUCAAAAUGACUACAGAAAGAAAAGGAACUUUUAAAGUUGAAUAUCUUCAACAAAUUGAGAGAGAAGUACAAGCAAAAUGGGAAAACGCGAAGGUAUACGAAGAGAAUGCACCUUUACAAGAUAAGAAGUUACCGGAUGAGAAGUUUCUCGCAACUUUUCCAUAUCCUUACAUGAAUGGACGUCUCCAUCUAGGUCACACCUUCUCAUUGUCAAAAUGUGAGUUUGCAAUUCGGUAUAAUCGCCUCCUCGGAAAAAGUGUACUUUUUCCUUUUGGCUUUCAUUGUACUGGUAUGCCUAUUAAGGCAUGUGCUGAUAAGCUGAAAAGAGAAAUAGAACUAUAUGGCUAUCCACCACAAUUUCCUGAGGAAUUGGAGACGAAAGAAGAACAAGUGGAUGAUAUAGUACCAAAAGAUAAAAGCAAGGGAAAAAAGAGUAAAGCAGUUGCCAAAGCAGGCUCAGCCAAAUAUCAGUGGCAAAUUAUGCAAUCUCUUGGCUUAAAAGAUGAGGAAAUCAAGAAUUUCACAGAUGCUACCUACUGGUUGGAUUACUUUCCACCACUCGCUGUGCAAGACUUAAAAUCUAUUGGACUACAUGUGGAUUGGCGAAGGACCUUUAUUACAACAGAUGCAAAUCCAUUUUACGACUCUUUUGUACGCUGGCAGUUUAAUCAUUUAAAAUCUAGGAACAAAGUUAAAUAUGGAAAGAGAUACACCAUUUAUUCACCGAAAGACGGGCAACCUUGUAUGGAUCACGAUAGAUCCUCUGGCGAAGGCAUCGGGCCGCAAGAGUACACGUUAAUCAAGAUGAAAGUGCAGGAACCUUAUCCCCAGCAACUCAAAAAGCUUUGCGGUAAACAAGUCUAUCUUGUAGCUGCAACUUUGAGGCCCGAGACAAUGUAUGGUCAAACAAAUUGUUGGGUGCAUCCAGACAUGAAUUACAUAGCAUAUGCCUUAGCAUCUGGGGAUGUAUAUAUUUCUACGGAACGUGCGGCGAGGAAUAUGUCUUAUCAAGAUUUCUUUAAAGAGGAAGGAAAGAUAGAUAUUCUCCUGAAGUUUACGGGCAAAGAUAUAUUGGGACUACCGUUGAAAGCUCCUCUCACUUUUAACAAGAUGAUCUACGCAUUGCCGAUGUUGACGAUAAAAGAAGACAAAGGUACCGGUAUCGUGACUUCUGUCCCUAGUGACUCGCCCGAUGAUUAUGCUGCAUUAGUGGAUCUGAAAAAGAAAGAAGCAUUUAGACAGAAGUACGGAAUCGCCGACGAGAUGGUGUUGCCGUAUGACCCAAUUCCAAUCAUCGAUGUUCCGGAACUCGGAAAUUUGGUGGCAGUAACGUUGUACGAUCAGUUAAAGAUUCAAUCUCAAAAUGACAAAAUUAAACUCAUGGAAGCAAAGGAGAUAGCAUACAUGAAAGGAUUUUACGACGGCGUACUAUUAGUAGGUCCAUAUAAGGGCAAGAAGAUACAGGAUAUCAAGAAAUUAAUUCAAAAGACGAUAAUUGAUAAUGGCGAAGCAGUGAUCUAUUAUGAACCAGAGAAGAUAAUCAUUUCGAGGUCGAAUGACGAAUGUAUAGUGGCUCUGUGCAAUCAGUGGUAUUUGGAUUACGGCGAAGAGAACUGGAAGAAACAGACACUGGAGGCUUUGAAGAACCUGGACACCUUUCACGAUGAAGUUAGAAAGAAUUUCGUCGUUUGUCUCGAUUGGCUUCACGAACACGCAUGUUCUAGAACAUAUGGACUUGGUACCAAAUUACCGUGGGAUGAGAAUUGGUUGAUAGAAUCUCUGUCCGAUUCCACGAUAUACAUGGCUUACUACACAAUAGCGCAUUUCUUGCAAGGGGGAACAUUCAAGGGAAACAAGCCUAACACAUAUGGAAUAAAAGCCAGCGAUAUGACUCCGGAAGUAUGGGAUUAUAUCUUCUUCAAAGAUGCUAAACUGCCUAAGAGUAAUAUAAAGAAAGCGGCAUUAGAUCAUAUGAGACGCGAGUUUCAGUACUGGUAUCCGGUAGAUUUGAGAGUAUCGGGAAAAGAUCUUGUGCAAAAUCAUCUUACUUAUUUCCUCUACAACCAUACAGCAAUGUGGCCGAAUCAACCUGAAUUGUGGCCGCAAGGGAUUAGAGCGAAUGGUCAUUUACUCUUGAAUUCAGCGAAGAUGUCCAAAUCAGAAGGUAACUUUUUAACGCUCGCAGAGGCUGUGGAAAAAUUCUCGGCCGACGGAAUGCGUCUUUGUCUAGCUGAUUCCGGCGAUUCCGUGGAGGAUGCUAAUUUCGUUGAGAGUACAGCCGAUGCAGGAAUUCUCAGAUUAUACACUUUCAUAGAAUGGAUUAAAGAGGUGUUAGCUAUGAAAGAUUCUUUCAGGCAUGGAGAACCGUGCACUUUUAAUGACAAAGUGUUUGAAAGCGAAAUGAAUUUGAAAAUUCGAGAGACCGGAGAAAAUUAUUCACGGAUGCUUUACAAGGAGGCACUCAGGACAGGAUUUUUCGAAUUUCAAGCGGCUAGGGAUAAAUAUUUGCAAUUGAGCGCGUUGGACGGUAUCAAUCGAACACUUAUUAUGAAGUACAUAGAACUUCAAGUCAUUAUCUUAUCUCCUAUUUGUCCGCAUGUUUGCGAGUACAUAUGGGGGCUUGUUGGUAAAAACGGGAGCAUAUUAGAUGCAAGAUGGCCUACAGUAGGAGACAUAAACGAGAUUCUUAUUAAAUCGUCGCAAUAUCUUAUGAGCGCAGCUCAUACAUUUAGAAUUCUUCUAAAGAAUUAUGUGACACCGAAGAAGCCUUCAAAGGGAAAGAGCGAUGCUUCGGCCGUAGAGAAACCCACGCAAGGAAUUAUUUGGGUAGCCAAGACUUAUCCACUUUGGCAAAGUAUCGUUCUCACGACUAUGAGGGAGAUGUAUGUUAAAAACGGGAAUAAAUUACCUGACAAUAAAGCACUCGUCACGGAGUUUGGAGGCAAGGGCGAGUUGAAAAAGUACAUGAAAAAGAUAAUGCCGUUCGCGCAAGUUGUGAAGGAAAAAGUAGAAACCGUCGGUCUCAGCGCGCUGAACUUGACGCUCGAUUUUAACGAGUUUGAUGUGCUCGAGAGCAACAAAGAUUAUCUCAAAAAUACAUUAGAUCUUCAUGAGAUUAUCAUCAAGUAUACGGAUGAAGCCCCGGAGAAGACGAAGGAAGAAUGUUGCCCAGGCGCUCCGUACAUGAGUUUCUCUAAGAAAACUGCAGUUCCAGUGCAUAUUAUUAAUCCACAAAGUAACUGCGGUUUAUUUGAAUUGUCUAUAAAUGUCUCACAAGCUGAUACGGCCUCAGAUGUCGUGUCUCGUAUUGCGAAACAUUAUAAACAUAUAAAAGAUCCCGCUUUGAUCGCAUUGUAUCGAUACGAGGAUCCAGUUCUGGGAGCAAGAAUGAAACCAAUGAUAAGGGAUAUUUUCAAAGGAAAAAUUGAGAUUCCAACGGAUUCUGUAUUUAAUAUAAACGCGGAAACGGGGGAUAUUGAAAUCAGUGUUAUGGGCAACGUAUACCCGAUAGGCGAGAAAUUAGUGUACAUCGAUAAAUCUCUGGAAAAGUAGAUGCAUUUAAUCUCGCCGGGAAAAUUUAGAUUAUAUUAUACUGAUAUGUAAGUACAUAAUAAAUUAUUUAUAAAAUGGUGUGUGAGAAAAGUACGUCAACGAGACAGUAUUAAACGCAAAAUAAAUAUGCGUUUAUAAAAAGAAAUAGGAAAGCGUUUUAUUACUCUUAGAUUGACUGCAAUGUAUUUAUGUAACAGCAAUAUAUUGCAAAUGAGAAGAAAAAGUAUGUUAUAAAGAGUCUUUGUAUUUAAUAUUUAAUUUAUAUUAACAUCUUUUUGUAUACACUCGACAGAGAUAAUGUUUUUACAUUUGGAAACUGUUUUCUGAACACCAAUAAAAAAAUAUUAAAAUCUCUA